CCGAGCCUCGGUCCUUGCCCUUUUUCAGUCCGCUGUCUUUGGAUACUGGUAAAUUUGCUCUUGUUUUCUCUUCUGUUUCUCUCCAGCUCUCAACCGCCCAUCUCUGGUUCUGGUUUGGAGAUAGGCAUGGAGGCUUCGAAAAGCUCGGCUGGUUUUCUUCUUCUUCUCGGGGUGGUGAUCGGUUUGGUGUCUUAUUCCGAGGCUUAUGUUUUCUAUGUUGGUGGGAGAGAUGGCUGGGGGAUGAACCCUUCUGAGGAUUAUGGUCGUUGGGCUGGGAGGAAUCGGUUUCAAGUUAAUGACACCGUCGUGUUUAAGUACAAGAAGGGAAACGACUCUGUUCUGGUGGUGAAGAAGGAGGACUAUGAUUCAUGUAACUUUAGCAAUCCAAUACAGAGUUUUCACGACGGAAACACGGUGUUCAAGUUGGAUCGAUCGGGACCUUUCUACUUCAUCAGCGGGACUGGUGACCGGUGCCAAGGGGAGAAGCUAACCAUAGUAGUGAUGGCGCCCAGGAACAAGUCGCCAACCCAACCGCCGCCGUCUCUGCCUCCAUCCCCCACUCCUUCGCCUAAACCCCCGACAUCCUCCCCUGCUCCAUCUCCAUCAAGCCAUGUUCCUUCCCUUUCUCCAUCGCCUGGUUCUUCGCUUUCCCCUUCAGGAGCUCCAUCUCCAUCAAGCCAUGUUCCUCCUUCUCCAUCGCCUGGUUCUUCGCUUUCCCCUUCGGAAGCUCCUUCUCCGGGCUCCCCUGGCUCCAGACCAGGGGCAGUACCGGCACCUUCUCCCUCGGAAAAUUCAUCCACCAACUCUUCCUCCUCCUCUAUUUUGAGUGGGGUUUCAUUUGGACUAGUGGCGCUGCUCCUCGGUACUGCCUUGAUCAGUUGAUUCCAAGUUCAUGGUUUGUGUUGUUCUUCUUUGGUUGGAUCUUGAGAUUAGAAUACACAUCUGUGGAUCAUCUGUUUCUUAGUUUCUUUUUAUUGUCGUUUGUUUGUGGAUGUUUUAUCAUUGGUUGUUUCAAAAUAAACGUAUAGAAAGUAGUGGGAUGCAGUGCAAAUACGUUGCAAAAUAAGAAGGUGCAGAUGGUUAUAAUCGUUGUCUUUAACAUUUUUUUUUUUUGAGGUAUUUCAUCAUUAAUCAUAUGCAUUUGUUCCUCUCUACCGCUUUUUAUGUUUAUCUUAUUCCAUAUAUGUAUGAACCGUUGUGAACUGAUAAUUAAUGGAAGAGGAAACGUGGCAUUUGUCUUGUUUUGCGA